AUGUCUCUCCCUGAAUAUAUGCCUCCUGAAGAAAAUGAUGUAAGGUCUCCUUGUCCCUUCAUCAAUUCUUUGGCUAAUCAUGGUUUUCUUCCAAGAAGCGGAAAAGAUUAUACAAUGUCCAAAUUAUUUAAUGCUCUUCGUAAGGGUUUUAAUGCUGGAACAGCUUUGGCCACAUGGCUAACAUUCUGGUCUUUUCUUUUGCACGGGAAAUUAUUUCGAACAAUUGAUCUUCAAAAUCAUAAUGUUCUUGAACACGACGCGUCUUUAUCUCGUCAAGAUGUUGCGAUUGGUGAUAACGUAAAAGUUGAUAAGGAUUUAGUAGAUUUAAUGUUAUCACAGAAAAUUGAUGAAAAAAUUAACAUCGAAUCCCUCGCAAAAUUAUAUAAUAUACGUCAAGCAGAUUCAAAAGAACGUAAUAAAGAUUUUAAAUUUGGUUGGAAACACAAGAUCUUGGUCCUCGGAGAAUAUUCUUUAUUUUUAAAUGUUAUUGGAGGAGCGACAAAUAAAGAAGUUGAUGCUAAAAUUGUAGAAACUUUCUUUAAAGAAGAAAGAAUUCCUGAUGAUUGGAAAAAGCCCGAGACACCUGCUGAACUCAUUAAAGUUCUGCGUUAUCAAACGGUUGUUGAGAAAAAGAUUGAAGAAGUAAAGCAAAAAUAA